GUCCUCUAGGUAGACAGUGACGUACUUAAGAGCCAUGAGAAGAAGCCAAGCCAUGUUCUUCUGCUGAGCCUCUCUGAAGAAUACACAACUAGCUUUUUAUAUAGCUCAAGAUGUUUCAUCGCGAGGUUGUACAAAAGAGCUUUUUCGUGCAACCAUGGCUGGGGUUAUGCAGAAGUUCCUUAUUGCAUCAAUGUUCAUGUGGAUUCUUCCUAUUGCAAUAUUAUAUGGAUUCAACAAUGAUUUGCUUCCUGGUUCAACAACAUUGUCUCCACAUUCUCUGACACUACUUAGUGGAUUUCUUGCGGUGGUAUCAGUCAAUGUAGUGAUUGUUUUCUACAUCUGUCUGGCCUUGAAAGAACCUGUGGAUAAACACAAGCCAGACGCUUCGUUUGUCGCAGAGGCCAAAGAUAGUGUGAAGAAAUUGACAUCAGGAGUCACAAGUACAGACCCUGCGCUCAAGAAACAAGAGUGAGCAAAACACAUCCCAUUAUUUUAAAACAAGGAACAGCGUUGAGAUUGCAUCAGAUGAAGCAGAGCUCAGGUUCUUCAGUGUAUUAUCUUGUAACUGCAGAAGUUUCUUGGCUGCUAUAUCAUUCUGUAUUGUGACAUCUGAGGGUUUUGGGUUAGUUGAGCAGAAAAAUACGCCAUGUUGAUGUUAAACAGAGCCAAGAGCUAAUGUUUUAGGACAAAAGUUCACAAAACCAUAACAGUUGUGUCCAUAAUUAAUUAUCUAAAAUUUU